AUGAAGUGGAAGCUGAGAAGGUUGUCAAGCGUCAUGGCCGUGCUGGCAGCUUGGGAUGAGUUGUCGAGCGGAGUGAGGCGGUACAGGUACCUUCCUCGAAAUUUCGCAGGACCAUGUGCAAGAGAUCAAGCUGAGACACAAAGCACCCAAGCACAAGCACUUCGCGAGAUGACGGCUGAUGCCACCGCCCAAUCCAUCACCUUAGUGGAUAUUGGAGCAAAUUUGUUGGACCCCAUGUUCCAAGGUGUUUACCGCGACAAGGCUCGCCACUCCCCGGACUUUUCUGCGGUUCUGUGCAGGGCUCAAGAGGCUGGGGUGACCCGCAUCAUAGUCACGGCGGGCAGCUUGCAGGAAAGCCAUGAUGCACUGGAGCUUUGCCGGAAAAGCGUGAACGAAGCCGGUUGGCCGAGUCUUUGCUGCACGGUUGGGGUGCACCCGACUCGUUGCUCUGAGUUUGAGACAGACCCGGAAGCUCAUUUUCGCGCACUCUUAGACGUCGCGCGUACUGCAGCUCCUUUCUGCUGUGCAGUCGGUGAAUGUGGAUUAGACUAUGACCGCUUGGAAUUCUGUGGACGCGAUGUGCAGUUGAAAUUUUUUGAGCAGCAGCUCUUGGAGUUGGCGAUCCCCCUGCAAAAGCCCCUUUUCUUGCACUGCCGCAGCAGCGAGGCAGCCGAGGAUUUGGUGAGAAUUCUGCAAAAACAUAAGCAUGCACUACCAAAACGUCCAGGUGUUGUGCACAGCUUCGAUGGCAGUUUGGAAGAGGCGAGAAGAUUUAUGUCGAUGGGCUUCUUCAUAGGUAUCAACGGCUGCUCAUUGAAAACGCAAGAGAACUUGGCUGUCGUACAGGACUUGCCACAAAAUCGCAUUUUGUUGGAAACGGACGCACCUUGGUGCGGCAUCAAGCCAUCACAUGCCGGAUAUGGGUAUAUUCGAAGCUCGUGGGAGGAGGUGAAGAAGCCUGAGCGUUGGGAAGAAGGUAAGUGUGUAAAGGUCGAAGCACCACCGGCUGGGUGCGCGCAAUCCGUGCAUCACAGCAAAGGCCGACAAGUAGAAGGCUUACGAUCGGAAGAGCUUGACGAGGCAGAGCAAGAGCUGCUCGGUCCAGCCACUCACGAAAAGCUUUCCUCGGCGACAGCACGAAACUCGCGGCGGAAGCACGUGGACGAGGUGGAUGAGUCAAGAUGGAAGCUUGCAACAAGGAGCCGUGAACAUCACUUGAGUUUGCUUGUGGCAGCUCAAGAGCAGCUGCUCCAGCGAAGUGGCCUUUGUGAACCAACGAAGCCCUUCCUGGCUGCAGAAGCGAAUGGCAUGAAUCUGAUGGAUGAGAAUGCUGCUCGUCGGCGGCCUGGCGGGGCAUGUAAUGGUGCAUCAGACCGACAAUGUUCGACAUGGGAGCGCACUUCUGAUUUGACCUUGACUUUGACGGGCGAUUUCGUGGAUGAACUUGCCAGAGGAUAUUCACAACCUUGGUUUCAGGAUCUAGUUCGACAGUGCAUCGAGGAAUCUGGCGACCAGCAGACAUUGCUUGAGCGGCUUCAUGAUGUUGCGUUUGAGGUGCAGAAGCCGGUUUUGGAGAACUGGGGUUUCGAAGGCAACGACCAAGGAUUAUUUGACAUGACUUCCAUCCUGCGGGAGCACUCCGCCCAUGGCCCUCUAUGGCUGCAAGAAAAAAUCUUCUCAUGUUUGAGAUUGUUGCUUCCGUGUCAGGAAGAGUCCGCCAUCGGCACCCAGCGAGCCGAUGUCAAAAAGACGUUUGUCCCUUUUGGGCUGAGUGACGAUUUCGAACGCCGGCAUUUCGAAGGCGACUUUCUUGGUGCAGUAGCAAGAGCACCGGUUGCUGCUGGUGAGGUGCUGUCUGAAGCCAUCGGUCAAAUAGUUGAUAGCUCUUUGGAUCUGCCUUCCGAGACUGUGGACGCUUGGGGUCCUGCAGGUGCUAUGGCUGGUCUUGAAGCAGAUGCAUUCAUGACGCUUCCUGCAUCUGGGGCUGUCGAGGCCGAUGCAUCACUUCGUGAAGUCUUCGAGCCAGGAGGUUUCCAGGUGCCUUCGACAAACGAGAGCUCUACCUCGAGUGCCUAUGCAGGUGAGCCUGGCAACAGCCGAACCGCAGAUGAGGUUGCAGCCUUCAUGUCCAGCCUGCCAGACGGUGCGGGAAUGGAGAGCGUGGCUGAAGAGCUGCAGGAGCAGUUGCAGGCCGAGCAGGCAAGAAGGCAAGGCCGCUGCGAGGCACUGCGCGCGUUGCGGGUGGCUCUGCUGAAGCUUCCCAGUGAAGCUGUGCAGGAGAAGAGCUUUGCUGAUGAAGCUGCAGGCGCACGAGCAGAAGCUGCCGCCAGGGCCUCCGCGGCCAAGCGGGCCCUGGAAGCCUUGAAGGAGAAUCAUCAUCAGCUGCAAGAGAAGCUGGAGGCGCAACUGGACCAGCGGGGGCAGCUCGAGGCGGCAGCCGCAGCCGCACAAUCUGCUGUCGAGCGACAAGCGCAGCUGGCAGCCUCCGCCAGCCGGGAGUGGGCCAGGGACGGUCCGGAAACCGAUGCCUUGAAGGCAUCAAAGAUAGAACUGGCAGAACUACUUGGGGAGGUCGAUGAAGCGCGACUCCACCGCCGGCGCGAGCUCAAGGCUUUGCAGCAGGCGCUGGAGGCUCUCGAAAGAGAGAACGAGUGGCUUCGAACUGGAGGUCACGACCGUUACGAGGCGCCCGGGUCUUUUGCGGCCUCCCUCAAGCGUCUCUUUCGUGUGGCCAUUGGCAAAGAGGAUCCAUCUGAAGCCUUGCAAACCGGCUCUGCAUCGCAGUGA